AUGGCUCAGGCAAUUCCCCAACAUCCUGCCAAUCAGAAGAUGGACCUGGCUAGGGUAAGCCUGACACCCGGCAACGUCCAAUUGCUCAAUCCUCUCGAAAUUAUUCCCUACCACACCCUGAAAAGUAAGGAAAAUGCUGACAAAUGGUACCAACUCUAUGAACUCUUCUGUCGGCCCAUUGAGGGUUACGCUGGGCGCGCAGCGGGCCAAGUCAGGAUCGCCGUCCUGGACACCGGGAUCGACAAGUCAAUGCUCUCUUCAGCGUUCCAUGAGAAUAUCAAAGAUAACAUGAGCUUCCUUCUAGCCGACGAUGCCCAAGACUCUGGCGGCCUUGAAGGCAAUCAUCAUGGAACGCAGGUUGUAGCACUUCUCUUGAGUCUUGCCCCUUGGAUACACGUUUAUGUUGCCCGGAUUGGAAAGGAUGGUGACGAAUCGAUGGAUCCAUCUUGCAUUUCCAAGGCAAUACGUUACUCAGUAGAAUACUGGGAUGUUCACGUUAUUUCCAUGUCUUGGGGUUUCAGAAGAGAGCAUGAGUGCAUCAGUGACGCUAUUCGACUAGCGCACUCCAAAGACAAGAUCAUGUUUGCUGCUGCAUCUAACGAGGGAGCAAAUCUACCAGCUAGGGUCACGUUUCCCGCGAGUAUGCAGGAAGUAAUCUGCGUAAACUCCUGCGAUGGAUACGGCAACAGCUCUGACUUCAAUCCACCACCUCGCGAAGGGGUCUUCAACUUUUCGACCUUGGGAGAAGCUGUCAUCGCUAAGAAAUCAACUUUGGAGCCCAAAAGGCUUACAGGCACAUCCUUCGCAACCCCCGCGGCGGCGGCGAUCGCCGCUUCUAUUCUUGAGUUCGCCACACAAAAGCAGAUUCUCAAAGAACAAGAAGAAUUGAAGCGGCACGUCGCUACUAAGGACGGAAUGAUGAAGCUUCUAGUCGCAAUGAGUGAGCCUGUCUCAGGUUUCAUGUACCUGCGGCCUUGGGAUCUGAUCAAAUGCGACUCUGGGACGCCAAACUGCUCAUGUAAGAGCUGCCGCAAGGAUGCAGAAGCUAGGCUGCUUCAAAUUCUUAAACGAGAUUUGCCAUCUGUGGCAGGAAGGACGCCCUUCCUUGGUCUACCAGACAGAAUAUCAAGUGCUGCCUUCGACGCAAAGAGCAGACAGAAUACGUCUUCGUGCCUUCCGAAUACCAGAGUCAAGGUCCUUGAUGAGAUUCGCAAGUGGGCCGAUAGCGAAGACACUCGACAAGUGUACUGGCUAAAGGGCAUGGCUGGUACAGGUAAAUCCACUAUUGCUCUGACUAUUGCUCGAGAGUAUCACCAGAAGGGUAAACUCGGAGGAAGCUUUUUCUUUUCUAGAGGCCAUAGUGGCCUUGCAAUAUCUGAUAAGUUCGUGGCCACCAUCGCUUCCCAGCUGGCACAGCAUAGCCAAGAGUUACAGGCAAGAAUCCAAGAAGCUGUCUGCGCCAAUCCGGAUAUAAGCAGCAAAAGUCUUUCUUAUCAAUGGGAGCGCCUUGUCCUUCAACCUCUCGCGUUGGCAUGCUCGCAAGGGUCUUUGCGCUCACUACUCAUUGUAGUGGAUGCGCUAGAUGAGUGUGAGGGCGACGAAGACUUGUGCCUGUUGAUUCGAUGCCUGGCCUCUUGUGUACCACCCGGGGGACACCAAUUACGGAUCCUUGCCACUAGUCGUCCAGAGCGCCCAAUUAGUCUCGAGUUUGACAGUAUCUCUACCCAAGAGCGCCAACAUCUAGUCCUUCAUGACGUGGAAAGGUCCAUUGUCAAGGAGGAUCUCACCGAGUUCUACACACACGAACUCAACAAGAUCAACGACAGGUUUGGCCUGCAAGACCUCUUUUGCGAUACCACAAUUUCGAAAAUGGUCCAGCAAUCGUGCGGCCUGUUUAUUUAUGCUGCUGCAGUAUGUCGCUAUAUCUGGCAAGGUGGACUCGAUGGUGCUAAAAGUCGUCUAUCCGGCCUUGUUGAGUCUAAAGCUCCAAAUUCAAGCCCUCUUCAGGAGCUAGAUCAGCUUUACACGAUAAUCCUCCAAAACUCGAUUAUUGUGCAUUCAAGUCAUGAUUCGUCCGAGCCAUCGCAGUGGUUUCGUCGUGUGGUCGGCGCUAUCAUCGUUUUGUCAGACACGUUUUCGUCAGCCAGUCUUUGCACCUUUCUUGGAGAAGGAAGCCUCAGGCCAGCUAUCGACAAUUUUCAUUCUGUUCUCAAUAUCCCUGAUGAUCCCGAGAAGCCGAUAGGCAUACUGCACCCGUCCUUUCGUGACUUCCUCCUCGACCCCUCUCGAUGCUUAGAUUCUCGUUUUCAUAUCAACGAACAGAAAGCGCAUCAGUACUUACUGGAUUGUUGCUUUCGUAUCAUGAAGAAUGGGUUGCACUACAACAUGUGCAAUGUUGACAAGCCAGCUUUGCGGGUUCAUGAGAUAUCCGAAUCCUUUGUCAGAGAGCGGAUCCCCUAUCCAGUCCAGUAUGCCUGUCGCUACUGGAUACACCAUUUGAAUCAUAGUGGGAUCAGCGCAGUGCAGCACGUUGCGAUAACGGAUUUCUUUCGGCACUGCCUGCUUUUUUGGCUCGAAACACUCGCUUGGACUAGAAAUCUAGUUUACGCUAUCGAAGGUGUAAAGUCUCUUCGAGCGAUGUUAGCAGAUGAAUCUGGAGGUACACGAAAUAUUGACGAUUCAUCUGUUCAUUGGAAUCGCUCUAUUUUCUCUACACUGAAAGAGUCACUUGGGACGAAGCAGAAGCACAUACCUGAAGAAGACAUAAGCUCCAUGGUACACGACGCUUCGCGUUUUCUAUCAAUGCAUGGUGUUAUAAUUGAACAAGCACCAUUGCAAAUUUACUCUUCUGCUCUACUUUUCAGUCCCAUGAGGAGCAUAACCCGAAAGCACUAUUCUCAAUAUAUACCACAAUGGGUUCUCCAGUGCCCCCAUGUCAAUGGAACCUGGGGCUUGCAUCUACAAACAAUAAAGAGUGAAAAUCAUGUUAACUCUCUUGCCUUCUCGCCCAACAGUGCCAUGCUUGCAGUACGGUCAGGAACCGUGGUACGACUCUGGGAUCCCUCAACUGGUAUUGAGAAGUGGCUGCCCAAACAGCAUUCUGAACUUGUCAAGGCCAUGUGUUUCUCACCAAACGGAGAGAGGUUAGCCACUGUGGUUGGAAGUGGCGAAAAUGGUGACGAAAUACGACUUUGGAAAACGGGAACGGGCACUGAAUGCUUAACUAUUGGAAAAGGCCUUGGGGCAGUGACAGCGUUUAGUUUCUCACCUGAUGGGAAAAAACUGGUGGCUGCAGGUCUUAUCGACAGAAAUAUUGGUUGGAAAGUAUUCAUGUGGGACAUGGAAACUGGAUCCAAAGUUGCGAGUUUUGGUGUCGAGGGAGAUUUGAUCGCCGCUGGUUUUACUUCGGACGGAAGGCCUUUUGCUGUACAAAAGCUUGGAUCCCAGAUCAAUCUAUUGGACCUCGAAGACGGCAGUGUCCAGCACAUUCCUGCGCCGCUAAAAGGUGGCAUCUGUGGCCUAGCAAUAUCUCUAGAUAUUAAGUUUCUAGCCAUCAGAACUCACAAAGGCCAUCGACGAGAUGACACGAACACAUGGCUGUGGCUUGCCAGCCCAAUGAACGAAACCUGUCGGCGAGUAUACAGGCACUAUCACAAGUUCGGCCAUGAUGCAGCUGUGGGCGAAUCUCUAGUCUUCUCACCAGAUGGAAAGCUUCUCGCCGCGUGCGUCAGCCCCAGUCAAGGGUAUCUGAUCGACUCGUCAACGGGGAAAAAGAAAUGGAUCUUCUAUGGUCCUUCCAUUAGGGAUAACGCUGUGACAUUUUCUCUCGAUGGAAGGUUCCUUGCUGUAGCGUGCACCAACUAUACAUCAUGUGUCUAUGACACAGCCAACGGCACUCUAAUGCAUACACUCAAAAGCUACUCGGGCUUAGUCACUAGCAUCUCCUUCUCUCCUGGUAACAAUUUCAUAGCCACAGCAUCGAGUGAUAAAACAGUUCGUUUGUGGGAAAUCGAACAAGAACAACCCAAAAAGGAUUUCGUACCCGACCCUACUCCCGCAAGAGUCCUGAUGUUCUCUCCGGAUUGGGAGCUUGUGGUGGUCAAGUUCAACCAAGAAGUGCAGAUACGUGCUGCGGGGACAGGUGCAUGUUUGUUUCGAACGGACGAAGAGAUUGGAACAUAUGCCUUUUCUCCUGAUGGGUUACUGAUUGCGAUGCUCUAUGAAGACAGGAGCGUUCGAAUUUUGAAUUGCAGGACAGGCAAACUUCAUACAUUAACCACGAUACCCGAACACAUAUCCUCAAGAUAUACCAGAAAGUGUUACUCCAUUCCUAUGAGCUUCUCUGCUGGCGGGGAAUUACUGAUAAUACCGUGGGAGGGUGUGUCGAAUGCACAUAUUGGAGGGCCGGCGGGAUCAGUACGGAUGCAUAUUUCAGGCAUGGCUCUUUGGGAGGUAUACAAUGGCAGGAUUUCCAAACUCUUGCCCAUUGACGAUCAUUUGAUCACCGGUUUCUCAUUCACGCUUGAUGGGAAAGUUAUGAUUACUGCCUACGACUACGGCUUCUGCAUGUGGGAUUUACAAGCUGGAGCCAAGUUUUGGGAUCCAAUCGAGUGCGCAGAUGACUUCCAUGUUUCUGGUGUCAUGGCUCUUUCACCCACCUCGGAUUUACUUGCAAUCACUUGUUACCCUAAAACUAUUCAACUAUGGGAUCUGCGGAAUCGAACUAAAGUUCACUGCUUUGCCCAGUAUUCGGGAUUCCUUUGCUUUUCGCCUAGUGGGAAAGUCCUGGCAUCACUAUCAACAGAAUUCUCAGCGACCCUUUGGGACCUACAUAAGGACUAA